AUGCCAGCUAUCUCGUCCUGCACUGCGAUUGAUCUUGCGAAGGCUCACUUUAUGGAGCAGCAAUUUCAGCAUGAGGUCGCGAUGUUGGCAAAGCAUCCAAAUAUUAUUCGAUUUAUUGGUGCAUGUCGUAAAGCCAAUGAGUCGUGUAUUGUAACUGAAUAUACAAGAGGGGGAUCAGUGUGUCAGUUCCUGCAAAACCAAGUUGUGCCAUUGAAGUUAGCUGUUAAGCUGGUCUUGGAUGUGGAGCAUGUGCAUGGUCUGAAUCUUAUUCAUCGAGAUCUAGAAUCCGACAAUCUACUGAUUGCUGCUGACAAGUCAAUCAAGAUUGCAGACUUUGGUGUUGCUCGAAUUCAAGUGGACAAGACGCUCGAGGCAGCAGGGAGACAGAAAUCAUGA